AUGAGGCUCCAUCACGGUGGACAGUGCAACGAAACAAAACUUGAAGUGAAUGACCCCUACGCACAGAGGGACGUCCUGUCACGAUCCGCAGGUGAAAAUUUCCCGAGCUCGGAAGGGGACGAUGCCGCCGACAUCGAAACUAGGACAAGCAUUGAGACGACCGAUGUAGCUUCGACGUCAGGAUCUCCGAGCGAGGCCGACGGACCAACGUCGAGCGAAGCAACUCCUGAAGCAGCGAGCGAAGUGAGUUCAGAUGCCCCCGCUGAUGCAAGUCCGACUAGUGAGGGCGGGAGCGCUCCGGUAACGUCGAGCGAGUCGAGCCCCGACAUUUCGAGCGGAGCACCUUCUGAAGCUGCGAGCGAAGCGGUAUCCGAAGCUUCCAGCGAGGCGGCGUCCGAGACUCCCACUGAGGCUGCGGCCGAGGCUUCCACUGAGGCCGCAUCCGAAGCUUCCAGCGAUGCGGCGGCCGAGGCCUCUACUGAGGCCGCGUCCGAAGCGUCCAGCGAUGCGGCGGCCGAGGCCUCUACUGAGGCCGCGUCCGAAGCGUCCAGCGAUGCGGCGGCCGAGGCCUCUACUGAGGCCGCGUCCGAAGCGUCCAACGGUGCGGCGGCCGAGGCCUCUACUGAGGCCGCGUCCGAAGCUUCCAGCGAUGCGGCGUCCGAGGCUUCCACUGAGGCCGCAUCCGAGGCUUCAACUGAGGCUGAGGCUACGUCCGAAGCUUCCAGCGAUGCGGCGUCGGAAGCCGCUCCUGAGGUGUCCAGCGAGGCCUCAGCGGAGCCGUCAAGCGAGGCAGCGCCGGAGACGCCGGCAGAGACGACAUCCGUUCCCGAAGCGUCAAGCGAGGCAACAGCUGAAGCCUCAUCUGAGGCCACGACAGGAGAAGUUUCGAGUGAGUCUACGACGGAAGUUUCGAGUGAAGCCCUGCCCGAAGGGUCCAGCGAGACGACGGCCGAAGUUUCCAGCGAAACAGCUUCGGAAGCUCCUAGCGAGUCGGAUUCGUCCCCUGCUGACGACCCGACAGAAGCACCGCAAGGGACGCCCCCAGAAUCGAACGCGGAAGUUGGCUCGGAAGCGCCUGAGGCUCCUCUGGAAUCGUCGAGCGAACCAUCUGCGGAGUCUUUACCGGCUGAGAAUCCCGAGGCCUCUACAGGUAUAUCGUCACCUGAUGCCGCCUCAGAACCCAGCGAGGAAGCCGCCGCGACCUCGUCAACUAUCAUGGAUGAGAAGAGUAGCAUCGAGGACAACUCGCCAUCCCAGACGCCCGAAAGUACUACAGGAAUGACACCGGACGCAACCAAAGCUCGUGACGAGCCGAUCUAUACGCGUCUCCGUUUCGACGCGAACUACGAUUCGAAAGUGGCCGAUCACGAGGAUAAAUUCAAAAAACAUCUAAUUGCUCAAAUUGCCAAGAGAUUCCGGAUUCCAACAGAGUGUAUCACGAACGCAAAGGUUUACGAAGGGAGCAUCCGGUUCGACUUUGUCCUCACGCCCACGACGACAGAGGAUAUCGAAUAUGAUAGACCCAUGCUUUUAUCUGUUCGGGACGAGCUGAUGAAUUCGGCGCGAGAGAAUCGCUUCAACCUGACAGAUCUCGACGGUGCCGUUCUAACUUUCAUCACCACACCGAGUGAACUUGAGCGCCAGAUGAAAUACUACUCAAGGAAUUUCAUGGGAAUGUUAGUGGCCAUCAUAAUUUGUGGUCUAGCCUUGUUCAUGAUGUUCGUCAUCAUCGGAAUUCUGAUCAGAAGGCUCGGCGAAGCCAACAAAAUGAACGCGAAUAAGAAGUCGCCGAUUUCCGAGCAGGAGAGCGAGCUCCUCAUGGAUCGAUGGAGUCGAAUGAAACGCGCUGUUUCCAUCACGUCGGUCAAAGACUUGAAUAAUUUGAUAAUGGGGAAGAUGCCCCGCAACAAGACCACCGACAGCAGCGUUUUCAAGCGACGAGAUGACGCGCCGACGCCCACUGCGGCGGUCACGAGACUGCCGGUCACUAAAUCUCCGAUCGCGGUCGCCGACCGGCGGCCUAUCUCUGCACUGAGGGUAGUCAACGAAGAUGAUGAACUCUGUACGGGGGAGAACGGUCGUCUUGUCAUCACUUCCCGAGGCAGCAUAGACGAUUCCGCGAAGAGUGUUUCGAUUGAAGUUCCGGAUGGUGUCAAUCCUUUCUGCUCAAGACCCAUAUCAUCGAUGUCAAGGAGACCGACUUCGUCUAUGGUGAUCCAAAGUCGUUUAAAAACCACGAAUUCGAGGCACUCCUGA